CGCAUGAUAACAAAGUAACAGCCAUCUUUUCUAUCUCGCUACCUAAGACACAUCCACUAUGGUGCACCUUCUCAGCUUUCCUCUCUUUUCUCUAGCUAUUCUGCCGCUUAUCUCUGCGGAAUUCGUAGAGGUCUCCGUGAAGUAUCGAACCGGCAAUUAUCCUCAAGCACAAGGCGAACCUCAUAAUGCCGCACUUGACGGCACCUCAUACCAAAGUGAUGGGCUCCAGACCAUUCUUGUGGACACCCAGCUUAAUUGCUAUAAGCCAUGGGAGCCAUGUCCGGAUGUUAUGAAGGACUGCUGCGGCAACGACGAAUUCAAUCCACCGAAAUGGAUCUGCGGGACGAAUCCAAAGUGCAAGUCGGGCCAGAAUUGUUGUUACAAGGCAUGAGCACGUUAGCAGCUCCAUGUUAGGGAGCAUGAUAUAGUCUAUAGUGAAGCAGGCCCAGGGAAUCAGAAUAUACUUUGUUCACCA